UUGUAUGUGUGUGUGUUAAGUGAUAAUCAGCUGGACUGGCGCUCAGAAUAUAUUAUUAUGCAACGUAUUGCGGUAAUUGGAGGAACCGGCAUGACCGGCCAAUGUGUUGUUGACUACGCCUUGGAGAAAGGUCUCAAGGUGCGUUUGCUUUACCGCACCGAACCCACAAUUCCAGAACGUUUUAGAGGCAAAGUUCAAUUGGUUCAGGGCGAUGCCACCAAAUUGGAAGAUGUAAAGAACCUUAUUGAAGGCGACGGCGCUGUUGAUGGGGUUUGUGUUAUUUUGGGCACUCGCAAUAAACUGGAAGCCACCACAGAAUUGUCACGCGGCACCGAAAAUGUGAUAACCGCCAUGAAGGAAGCCAAAAUUACGAAAUUCUCUGUGGUCAUGUCAUCGUUCCUGUUGCGUCCACUCAACGAAGUGCCCGCUGUCUUCCACAAGCUAAACGAGGAGCAUCAGCGCAUGCUGGACUUGACCAAAGCUUCGGGUUUGGAUUACAUUGCCAUACUGCCCCCGCAUAUUGCUGAUGAGCCGGGAACCAGCUACACAGUGGUGCAUGAUGAGGCGCCAGGACGUUUGGUGUCCAAGGAUGACUUGGGCAAGUUUAUUGUGGAUUCACUGGAUCAGCCAGAGCAUUAUGGCAGAGUCUGUGGCAUAGCCAAGAGCGCCAAGAGCAAUUAAGUAAAGUAAUCCAUUCGAAAUGGUAAUCAAUAUAAAUUAACAUUUAUAUGACGAAUGAUCUGCAUAUAAAUGUUCAUCAAGUUGUUGUGUCAGGCGCUUUUUAAACGUACAAAUAUUAUA